AUGUCCCGUGACACAAAGGGUGAUUCCCAACACUCACAGCAAUCCCAAAGCACAACUCAAGGCGCAUCUCAAGGCACUUCUCAAGGCACUUCUAGUUCAUCGUCCAGUGCUCCUCAGUCAUACAGCCAGUCCUCCUCUUCUGGUUCUGGCACCUUAAGUUCUUUAGACACAGUUCCAGUACAAGAUCUGGCUUCUAUUCCAGAAGAUGUAGAAAUGGAUGAGGAGGCUCCACAGCCUUGGGGUCGCCUGUGGGCCUUAGAAAAAGGGUUCUUGAACCAUGAUUGUAUUAAUGAACAGUAUGAAUUUGGAAGGGACAGGCACUGUGAUUAUACUUUUGAUAAACCAAUAAUAAAUCAGACCGAGAGAUACAAAACCUACAGCAAAAAGCACUUUCGGAUUUUUAGGGAAGCUGUAUCUGGCUUGUCGGUUGUUGCCUACAUUGAAGAUCUCAGUGGCAAUGGAACUUUUCUUAACAAGCAGCUUAUUGGACGGGGGAAUAAAUUGCCUUUAACAAACAAUGCUGAAAUUGCACUUUCAUUACCAACCAACAGAGUUUUUGUGUUCUCUGACCUUUUGGUCGAUGAUCAGUCUGUUUAUCCUAAGGAAAUUAGAGACCGAUACAUCAUGUCAAAAACCAUAGGAAGUGGGGCUUGUGGUGAAGUCAAACUGGCCUUUGAAAAAUUAACAUGCAAGAAGGUGGCUGUGAAAAUUAUAAGUAAGCGCUCAUUUCGGAUGAGUUCUGCUUCUUUGAGCAAUGCCAUUUCUGCAGACACAGAAAUUGAAAUUCUAAAAAAAAUGAGUCAUCCUUGUAUCAUUAACAUUGAGAACUUCUUCGACACAGAGGACAAUUUUUACAUCGUUUUGGAGUUGAUGGAAGGAGGAGAAUUGUUUGACAGGGUAAUAGCAACAUGCGGACUUAAAGAAUCUACUGCAAAACUGUACUUUUAUCAGAUGCUGCUAGCUGUUCAGUACCUUCAUGACAACGGAGUCAUACAUCGAGAUCUAAAGCUUGAAAAUGUGCUGCUAUCCUCCACUAAUGAAGAAUGUUGUAUAAAGAUCACAGACUUUGGCCAGUCCAAAAUUCUUGGAGAAACCUUGUUGAUGAAGACAUUAUGUGGAACCCCUACUUACUUGGCUCCUGAGGUGCUGAACACAGCUGGCACAGCUGGAUACAGUAGUGCAGUGGAUUUCUGGAGUUUAGGAGUUAUUCUUUUUGUAUGCCUUGGUGGAUACCCACCAUUUUCUGAGAAAAAUAAUAAAAUGCCUCUUAAGGAUCAGAUCACAGGAGGACAUUACACAUUUAUUUCUGGUGCUUGGAAUAAUGUAUCAGAUGCAGCUGUAGAUCUUGUGAAGAAUCUGUUAGUUGUUGAUCCAGAAAAGAGACUGACAACAAAGGAAGCCCUGGAACACCCUUGGUUACAGGUAAGAACACAUUAG